AUGAAUAUUAGCGAAGCACCAAUAUAUUCCCCUUCCCCAAGUGAUCAACUAAACCCCAAAUUUGACAAUGUAUUUCCAAUGGAGAUUUGGGACUUAAUUGCAAAUUAUGGUGAUCUAAAAAGCUCAACAAUGUUGAUGGUCAACAAGACAUUUAUGCAGACAUUUGCGUCAAAACUUUAUGAUACUCUUCAAUUAACAAUUGUUAUUAGUACUCUCACUAAAAUGAAGCUCAAUGAUAAAAGUUUUUUGAAAUAUGGUUUUGAUAAAAAGGAAGUUUUACCAGGACUCAAGAGCCAAGUUGAAGCAAGACACAAAUAUAACAAAAACUAUGAUUAUGAAUAUUUAGAAACUGAAAUACUUCGUGAUCGAUGGGUUGAUUAUUAUGUUAAUUGUUCAAACUUUAAUGAAGAACAACACAAACAUCCAAAACCUACAAAAUUUCUUGAGAGAAAAAACAAACCAGAGGAAAUCAAAAGCAUAUAUAAGAUCAAGUAUAUCAUGAAAAAUGUCUUCCAUAACCCACAAUCCAAAAUGAAACAAUUCAUUAAAGAAGUACUUAUUGAUGUUUGUGUUUUAGAUGAAAUGGAUAAACUCUUAAGUGAUUCCAAUGACCUUUCUAAGUUGAUUAAAGAGAAUUACUCAAAUCCUUCAAGUAAUGAGAAGAUUUCAAUUUUAAGAACAAGUUGUAAAAAUCCAGUUGUACCUCUUGAUGACAAUUUUGAAAAGAGAAGAUGGGAAGACCAAGAUGAAACAAAUGAACGUUAUCAAGUGUUUGCUGAUAAAGUAUUGUUUUCGCUCAGACGAAGCAAAAUACUAGAUCUUUUCCCUCGUGAUGUCUACUUCAAAGAAUUAUCUACUGUUCAUUUACUUUCAAGAGAGAUGUAUUCAAGCCAAUUAAGAAGAAGAUUAUUCAAUCUAACAGAUGAAAAUACUUUCAAUAAAGCUAAUCCCGUUCGUUAUUGGUGUGAUCGACUUCUUUAUUAUUUGAAUCAUACUGCAAAUCCAUUAAAUUUAGAUCCACUUUAUACGUUGAUAAUUAACGCACAAAUCAGGGUUGACAUAAAACAUCGUCAAGUCGAGACAAAGGCUGGUAUCAAUAAGUUUUUAUCCGAAUUGAUUCAGCCGUUCACUACACCAGGUCAGCAUCUUCAAUUUUAA